CCAGUGAGUCGAAGACAUACUGGAAAAUAGCAGUAAGGCCGACCAAUUCACCAGAUAGUAUGCCUUCCAUUUCAACCGUUUUGACUUGCUGCAGAGGCCGUUGGUGCUUGAGCUUUGCCACCAGUGGGAUACUGACCGCCGAUGUGAUCAUUGCAAGUCCGAGGCGUUUUCAUCUUUUCUGCGCGACAUGUAUCGGGUGCUCUUGCCAGAAGCACCGGCUCUGCCAGAGUCAUACCCGCCAAUGAAAUACGUGCACGCGAUUGAUACCGGCCUCCACCGCGCUACUAUCUGCGAUCGACUCGGAUACACACCGGCCAAUCACUCCAGUGCCAAGCGGAAACAGGGAUUGGUAGACGACAACCCUCGGCCCCUGCAGCAGCAGCGGACGACCGAAUCCAGGGAAUCAUGCCAGGAACCGGACGACAAUGACACAAUUAGUCAGGUGAGCACACUGGCAGGGCUAGACUUCGAUGCUCAUCAGAGUCAUGAUAUGGGAGAAUCAUUCGAGAGCAAGGCAGUAGGCAAUGAAACCGUACCAAAUGGGGCCAUUGACAAUGGACAAAACCCCGAAGAUACGGUCGAUGAUGCAAUGGCGAGCGGAGACAACGAAGACAGCGAAGAGGAAGAGCCGGAUAAGGACAGUGGCAUCGAUUACACAGAUCCUAGCGAAGGAGAAACGGGCCCACCUCAGUGGCAGGUCGAUUCUGCAGGAUCCACUGCCGAAACGAAUACUGUCAAGUACUGUGGACUUGAAGAACACUCGGGGGGUGACAUUGACCGAAUACUCGAUGAAUACAGCAGGCUUGUACCAGGACCAGCGCCACAGGAGCCCGACGAAUCUUCCGGUGUGGGGUUGGCAGGUCCAGACAUAGAUCACAGGGUCCCAGCAAGGAGCGACUGUAGCGCCACGGCGGGAGAGUUUAACCAACACCAUCUGCCCAGGGGAAGUGGUCAGGUCAAUCAACCGUGUCACCAGAGUUCCCCAGCAGCGGCCCCCUUUCCCGCAUUACCUGAAUACCCACACCUACCACCCCCAUCCAUGCAGCCAUUCCAUACAAGCUCUGGUCCUGCCGAGGAUAUUGACUUGGAGCAACUGGCCAAUGACUGGGAGCUGCCUCCGGACAUGCCAAAUGCCAUUCGCGCCAGCUUUCCUGCUCUGCCACCAUUCCCAGAUGAUGCUUGCCCACCGGCGGGAGGCCAAAAUAGGACUGUGUGUACCAGCCUUGCAAGACAAGCAACUGCUGCUUGUCAUCCAGAGCAAUCUCCUGCGCGCACAUCAAGCAUUGCUUGCACGCGGUGGACGUCUCCGCUUUACUAUGCGAGACAACGGUGGUCCUAUGUGCAGCUUGGCCCGGAGGGCCCGACCAACCUUGUCGCCGUGUGGGAGCAGCUCGCCCAGGUCACGUUGCGGGGCCAGCCCAUGGGACUCGAACGCGCGGACCACCUCAUGCAGCUCGCGUUCAAUAUCGCGUCUGCCGCCGUCUUCCUGGGGAUCAAAAAGCAGCUAACACACCUUCGGGCGAUGAAAGAUGCCCCAAGCAGACCAUUUCAGCGCGGUCUGGCCGGGGUUUUCGCAGCGGGCCACUGGCACAAAACAAACGAGUGUACGUCCCGGAUUGGUAUGGCGCUGACGUGCUGGUACUUUCACUAUCGGCGGCAGUUGGGAACGCAAGAAGGCAGUCCCGACCCCAUGGGCCAGGUUAUUCGUGAGAUACAGGCUGAGAGUUGUCACGGAUCCUACGCAUGCCGUCUCGGUACUAUCAAAUGCCUGCAUAACUCGGUGUGCCGUGUUGGGGACGCACUUAUGUGAUCUUGUCACACCGACUUUAUCUUGCAGUAGAUAGCGUAUACUCAGCUAAAGAUCGAUCGGUCAUCCCCGACAAGAGAUUUGCAAGCUGAGAUUUGGGAGCCAUUUAUACAGCCAUGUUUUGCAAGAGUCUCAUAGAACAUAGUCACUGACACCU